GUAAGCACGCCCUGCAACAACAUGCCGAUCCAGAAACGCGUCGAUUUGCUCUCUCCUCGUCAAAUUGAAGAGCCUGAGGUGUUGAUGGAAAUGAUGGAGUUGUUUCACAAGUUGCAACAACUUUUUCAAAAACUUGAUGAGCUCUGCGCGAACUUCGUAACCAAAGCCGAACUUCACGACAUCGAGCAACUUGUGCACCAUAACCGGGAACUAUACGAGUCACGCAUCAAAUCGCUGACACAGAAGAAUGCUUACUUGGAGCAGCGGAUUGCCCUUCUAGAGCAAGGGCCCGGGAACGCUCUGGAAGGCAGGGAUGUGUCUCUCGCGCAGCCAGCGGGAAGACGUAUCGAGGCCACAGGAUCAAACGAGCACCAGCAACACCAGCAACAUCUUAUGCUCGAAGAGCAAGUAGCUCGUCUCUCUCGGGAGAACGAACGCAUGUCCGAGGAGCUCGCUCAGCAGUUCGUGAGCCACAGCGUUGAAGUGACCAGACUCCAAGUGGAGAAUGCGCACCUCGCUCGGGUCACGGACGAGGCUCAAAUGGAGAAAGAUAUCACCAAAGACAGACAUAGGCAGGAGGUUGGAAGGGUGCUCUUGUCGACCAAGGGGACGGCCGUCCGACUUGCGGAGGACCUCAAAUCAAAGAAUGACGAGCUCAGGGUGUUUAUAGAAGGCCGAGGCCCGUAGGGAGAGUGACAUAACUAGUAGGAGCGGGUGCCAUAGCCAGAAAAUAAAGCGAAGAACUUGUUAUCAGACUGUUCC